UGCUGAAAGGAGCUGUGACCGGGGCACACAUGCACGCGCCUAUGUCACCAGCGCACACACACGAACGCACACAGACUCAGAUCACACAGGCCUGACUGUUUUGUUACCAUGGAUGCAGCUUUACAACGGCAGGACAUUGCACGUGACAUUCCGUGUUACGUCACAAACACCCUACCACUGUUAGACUCGUUCGUUUUUGAGACGUCACUUUGAAGGAUUACAGCUUUCGGUGCAUCAACUGCAUUUUUGUCUGCUUAAAUAGGCAAAAAUUAUAACUUUACAGGAUAGCUCAACGGAAAUCAUCGCUUUAUAGAAAUGAAUAGACGUACAAACGGCAAAGAAACGAGGGAGAGAAAGACGGACACUCUUUCUCGAAUUGAUGAGAUUCUUAGGCCUGUGGAAGACCUAGAAAAACGGAUCCGUGACCGGAUUUUCAAUGGUCACUCUGAAACUCCCGAGGAACACAGGCCUAUCCCCUUUGCUCCGUGUCCUCCAUCAUCUUCUCGUCCUCACAGGAUUAGUCCGAUUGCAGCGAGGUUAAAAAACUACAGAGAAACAGACAAAGAAGUCGCCGGUGGUGUCAGGCUGGUGACACCCUUUAGAGAAACACCCAGGGACAGCUUGCAUCCACUUGGUGAAUUUUUUGGGGAGGUGCAGCCACAGCGGGAAUUGAGCUCGGCAUCUUCAUCGAGCUCUGAUGGAAGUUCAGUAACACCGCGAGACAGUUACACUCCUGAGGAGCUCAGGGCGAUCCCAUUUGUGAAGACCCCCCCUCCUCCUCCACCACCGUGUCCUCCAUCAUCCUCUCGACCUCACAGAAGACAGAUUUCAGUGAGGCCAAAAAACUACAGAGAAACAGACAAAGAAGUCGCCGGUGGUGUCAGGCUGGUGACAGCCCAACAUAUGGUUCGGACAUUGGAUCAAGCAAUUAAAAAAAUUGUUGAUGCCUACCUGCCCCAAACCAGUCCUCCUCUUCCAGCUCCCCGAGCUGGGGCUCCAGCAAGGGUUGUAGCUCUGACCCCUGCUCCAGCAGCUCCACCUUCUCCAGCUCCAGCUCCAGGAAGCAGAAAACCUCGAAGGGUUGUUAAACACCCUCCAGAGGUUGACUUUAAAGAGCUUAUUGCAGGGUACCUCGUCUCAAUUGAUGAAAAGUUAGGGGAGGAGCUUCAGCCAGUCUGGAAUCCUUCAGAGACUCUCCAGCUGAGCCUCAGCCUGCUGAGUCAGGACGACUGGCAGAAAAAGAUACAGGGGCUACGAUACAUCCGCACCCUGGCGCGGCAUCACCAAAAUGAGUUGACGUCAUUAAACCUCCGUAAAGUUUGUUUGGGGGUGACACAAGAGAUUAAAAACAAUCGCUCUUGUGUGUCCUGUGCGGCACUGGACACCGUGGGAUAUUUGUGUGUUCACCUCAAAGAAAGGAUGGACAGAGAAGCUGAUUUGACCUGUGAGAGUCUACUCCAGGUGUUUGCAAGGGCAAAUGCCAAUCCGUUCAUUCAGAAACAUGCCAAGGAAGCUCUGACAGCUCUGGUUCAUCAUUGUAGCCCGAGUCGCUUUAUAACUAGCCUGGAGAUCCAUGGUUUGAAACAUAAGAGCGUUCUCGUGAGAGCUGGUGCCGCACUGGGGCUUCUUAUGAUCAAUGAAGUCAUGGGAGCGGAGAAAGUUCUGUCUGCAAGACAGAAUUUCACCAAAUACUUCCUGUUGGCUGUCAGUGCAGUGUGUCUGGAUGCUUCCUCUGAAGUCAGAGCUCAUGGAAAGGCCAUCUUAAAAGACCUGGUCAAACAGAGGAACUUCAAAAAGAUGUGGGUAGAAAGCGUCUCGGAUAAAUCCCGCCGUGAGUUGCAAAAAAGACUCAGAGACGUAUUUCAGAAAUAGACACAGGUAAGCCACACAGCAUACACGAGCAGCCUUCAAAUUAAGUAACCACUUUGAAGGCUGCU